GUUAGGUUGGUCGCCUGUCGUUCUGCUUUCAUGCUAAAUGGUAUUCUAGUUGACAGGUGAUUGAUGCGGCGGUGGUGAUGUUCAUUGAAUCGUGGGUACCCUUCGUCUUUUCGCCACAACAUCGGCUGUUACAUCUGUCAUUCCUUUUCUUCGUCGUUCCAUAUCUUUACAGCUAUCUCCAUGAACAACACCAGCUGAGGUCGUUUUCUGUAGAACGUGCUAUGUCACUAGCAUGGGACCGAGCAAUCGCGAAACCUGGUAUACCUUUUAGGAGAGCAGUUGUCGGUUUUAACUGCAAUGUGGACGUCAUCGUAUCAGGCAUACAGAUUAUUGAGAAUCUAAACACUACUUGUGAAAAAGGCACGGAUCAUGAAAGCUUAGAGACACUUAGUGACUUGCACGAAACGUUCAUACAUUUCUUUCAAAGAGGAGCACCUGCUGAAAGGUACAUGGCAUCAGAGAGCACCUUCGAAACGGUUGUACGACAAGCAGAAGCAGUUGUACCUCGUGCCCAAUACCACAUCGGAGGCAACGCAGCUCUGAUGGCAGAACGUAUAGCAUCAGGGUUUCCUAGCACAGAGGUCUACCUCGUCGGUCCCAUUGGUCCAAGAAGCCAAGCCUUGUUGAACCCGUCAGUUAGGCGGACAAACUCAACGAGGAUCAUCAAAGAUGAGUUGCACGUGAUCAUGGAGUACAAACAAGGCGAAACCUUGGGAGAUUGGAUUGCUCCUAGCAGCAGUAGAUUUAUCACUAGUCAUGAUCACUUCAGUGGUAGCACUGUAGUGAUGGAGAUGUUCUUCAAGGCUAUUGCUCAGUUCAAACCGGACCUCAUAAUCUUAUCAGGAAUCCAUACCUUAGAGUUUCAUAAUAAAGAAAUGAGGUUAGAAAAGCUGAGGAUGAUCCGCAGAAAUUUGCUUCAAAUCUCUUCGAAGAUGCCCAUCCACUUUGAACUGGGAAGUUUGGCAGAUGCUACUUUCAUGUUCGACAUUUUACAUAGAAUCAUACCACACGUCGACUCGCUAGGUAUCAACGAGCAAGAAUUAGCCUUCUUAUCUCACGUGGCCGGCGGGCCUCACAUGGAAGAGUACCCAGUUCAAGCGGGAACUGUGCAUGCGCAUAAGGUCGUUGAGAUGCUUGACUGGCUUUUGAAAACAUUCGGACGUGAUCGAUCAAAUCCAAAUUCGAAAAACUUUGGAUAUCGACUACAAAGGAUUCACUUUCAGUGCCUUACCUACCAAAUGGUGGUAAGCUCUGGCAACGACUGGUCAAAUCUGGCUGCUGGUCUGGCAGCAUCUUCUCGAUUAGCUGGAAGAAUGGCUUGUAAUUUGGGUCAUCAAGCACGUCUUGAGACUGAUAUGCUGGAAGUGAGGACGGCUCCAUCGUUUAUCCUUGACAAGAAACUAGGAAAAAUGUACAAUUUCCAUGCUCACAAUCCAAUCGCGUCUUGGAUGCGUGAUCAAACGCUUUUCAUCUUCACGCCUGUUCUCGUCUGCAAAUUUCCCAUGAAAACUGUAGGUGUAGAUGAUGCGAUCUCCACAACAGGAUUGUUAUAUUCACAAUUUUAUCGGUUUGAUAGCAACAUGAAAUGGAAUGUUCAAAUCUGCUCGGACACUACCUUCAAGCAAGAGAGGCGCCCUAGUUCGAUAUGUUUUCUGAUGCGUCGUGCCAGCGUACCGCUGGUUAGUAUUUGUCGAUGGGUGAGAAGACGAGCCCAAGCUCCACCCCCUGCAGACCAUAGCCCUGGAAUAUUGGAUGAAGGAGCCACAUUUUCCGAUGUGCACUCAGUGAUCUUGGAUCCUACAUCCAAACUACCGUAUCCAGAGAAGAUUCUGAAAGAGCACGUAGAGAAAACUUCAAAAGAAUUGCUUAAGGAGAGGAAUAAGGCUAGGUACGGAAAAAAGAAAAUGUCUAAUGUUAUCAAUUUUGACCAUAUUCCUCUGGAGGAUCAAAUCGUAUGCUUGUUUCCUGGUCAAGGUGCUCAGUAUGUAGGCAUGGGAAGCAAGCUCACCGAUUGUCCAGAAGCAAAAGCAAUUUUUGAUCGUUCUGCAGAGAUUCUUGGAUAUGAUAUCUUAAAGCUUUGUGUGGAGGGUCCAAAGACGAAGCUGGACCAGACUCUUUAUUGCCAACCAGCUGUAUUCGUGUCGUCAGUGGCAGCUUUGGAAAAAUAUAAAGCUUCUGAUGAAACUAUAGCCGAUCGUAUCACCGAUGUUGCUGGAUUUAGUGUUGGAGAAUUUGCCGCACUAGUUGCUGGAGGGAUUCUUAGCUUCGACGAUGCAUUGCGGAUAGUGGAUGCCCGUGCCAAAGCUAUGCACGAAUGCAAUCAACUAAUCAAAAGUGGAAUGAUGACGAUAAGAGUUAAUGCAUCGUCGAGACUCGAGCAGGCUAUGGAAGAUGCAAAAGUGGAAUCCAGGGAAAAAGGUGAAAUGGAAGUGUGCGAGAUUGCAAACUACCUAUUCUGUGGAGUUCGUGUCAUUGGCGCUAGUGAGACAUGUAUGCGAUACUUGGAAGAGAACCAGAAACGAUAUAACUUCACAGUUGUCAAACGUCUAGAAGUCAGCGGCGCGUUCCAUACUGUGCAAAUGCAUGACGCUGUACCGAAAGUUCGCGAAGCUAUCGCUGGAGUAGAACUCAAUCCCUCUAGAUGUAAUGUCUACUCAAACUUCACAGGACAUGUGUAUCCUGCCAAAAAUUCAGAAAUUCGUAGCGUUAUCGCCAAACAAGUAACGAAUCCUGUCAAAUGGGAGCAAAUACAGCAACUGCUAUAUCGGAAGCACCGCGACUACGUGUUCCCGACAUUUGUGGAAAUAGGCGCUGGGCGACAACUCGGCGCCAUGCUAAUGCAAACAAGCAAAAAAGCUUUCAAAAAUUGUCAGCACUUUAGCUGCUAGUAUUUUCACAAUUUAGAUCGAAUUUGUAAUAUUAAACUAGGAUCAUGAUUGAUGUGUUCCUUUUUGACCUCUUACACUUUGGCGUAAUAGAAAAAAGUAUUUCUGAAUGAUUUCUCGAGUUUAUGUAACAGUUUAGCUAUCUAUUGUUUAGAAAGUUGACCUCGCAAAACCUCUAAAUGAUUAUUCUUAGUCUUCGACGCAUGUAUAAGACUAGAAAUGUUGCUUUAUGUUUAUGAUCUUUUUGUAUGACUUUUGUAGAAAAUUCGUUUUUAUGAUUCGGGCCAAGCUUUGUACACGCACACACUUUGAGUCGUGGCAGUCAACAUAGGCUAUUAUUCAAUAUUUUUGAUCACUGUCCAGCGUACACGGUUCUGCUCGGUCCAUGUCCAGCAAUGGCACACCGAAGUGG